AGAUUAAGAAUCAGUGCCCAUCUAUAGUUUGAACUUUGAAAUCACUCACAUUCACAUCAUGUCACAUUCGCAGUCAAUCAGUCAUAGUGCUACUACUGGCUAGUGCUCCAGUGCAAAUAUGUACGUUAUUAAUCACAUAUCUCGUGUAUCUUGUUAACUAGUUCUGUUGGUGAUUGACGUAUUUUCAUUGUGGUAUUUUUAAAUCUUAAAUCGGUGCAUUUUAAAUAAGUACAGACCUUUGUAGUAGGUACUUAUCGUGUUCCGUGACUCCGUGUUGUUCCGAUCUUAUAAGUGGUUUGAUAUUUUCCUUUAAAAUCGCCAUCGUUAGUGCUCAGUGUUGGGUGCUGAGGUUCAAGACUUCAAAUGAAAGUUGGACAACGCCAUCGUCAAGGCCUAGAAAUGACUGAAGCAACGCCAAAAGUAUGUGUUGGUGUAUAUGAUAUUAUUCAUCCUAGUCCACCUUCUCUAAAAAACUUGUCAGUAAUGGCAAUUAAUGUCGAAUUAUUGCGUGAUAAAGUGAAUCAAUAUCGCACGAGUCUGCAAUUAUUGGAAGAAUUCAGAGUAAACGGUCGAUUGGGAAUAGAAAAUACCCGGAUAAAAAGUAUACUUCUACCUUCCACGAUAUAUGAGACGAUCGACAAUUUUUUUAGAAAAUUUUCGAGUUCAGUCGACUUUUGGAUAGAUGAACAUUAUAAACGAGUAUUCCAUUGUUACCGUCACCAGAACUAUAUUUUACAAUGUUUCGAUGAUUUUGUAUGCGACCAUGACGGCUCUGUUCAUUACGCUAGGACAGCCGAACGCAUGAUGCGUUGUGUAGGAUUCAAUUCGGAGAUAAAGUUUAAAAUUGCCUGUUUGUAUUUCUUCGAAGAGGAUAUCAGACUAAUCUGGCCGAGUGUAUCAAGACAUUUGAGCGUGGAAUUGAUAAAUUUUUACGAAUCCCCACAACUGUAUUACUGGAUUUGCCGUCUAAGGAAUGAAUUAAACAAAAUACCAACCAGGUGGGAUGAAAUUGUUGAUGAAAGAAUGUUUAAGGAGUCCAUGCCUUAUAAUAGGCCUUCAGUGGAAUAUUUUUGGUAUAAGAUACCUCUCGAAAAACAAAUGCUGAAUACUGGUUACCUUCACGAGAUGAAUCUUCUUAGAUUUAUUUUACCAAAACUGAAUGAACGGCAGCUCUAUGAAUUCGCAAAUUUUACGGCUCGCGGAGGAUUUUAUGCGAUGUUCCUUCAUUUUUAUUCACGUGAAGGGGUGACCAUUUUAAGAACUUGGCAGUACAUCAAAAACCUUAUGAAUGAACGUGCUUUUAAACUUCUUAUCGUUAAUUUGAUAGAAUUGGCUGGAUACAAUUGUGAUUUUUGGAUUGAAUUAUGGAACGAUACUCCGCUCACUCUCACACAAUCGGUGAUUCGACUCAUUUCAUCCGAGAGUAAAUGGUUGGAUGAUAUGAAAUUGAGUAUCACCCUUGGUGGUGUUACAAAUAAUCUGAUACACGGAAAGUUCCUACAUCAUAUUCUUCAAGCUGCAUCUGUCGUAGAAAGAAAUUCAUUCUGGCAUAACUGCUGGGAAACUUUGAUUGAAGCUCUUCGAACAAAAGAUUUGCAACGAAUAAUGCAACUGUGCUUUGAAAACGAAGAUGAUAUUACCCAGUUUAAACAAAACGUCAUGGUUAAUAGUCCAGUUGCUCUUCGAGUCUGCGUUUUACUAUUGGAAGGAGCGAAUUUCGACGAAUUGAAUGCCUUGGUGAGUUUUUUUCAUCUCGAAUCGCAAAUAGAGACGCAUUUUAAGCAACAAAUAUUGCAGUCAGCUUUUCACGAUGAAGUUCUUAAAUUCAGUCGACAGAUUUUCUAUUCAACCAAGAAAUUUUAUGACUUUGUUAAGGAUAUUUCCGCCGAGUUUAAAAUUAAUCUGCUCGUGUCGUCGCCUUCAUUUUUGAAGCGUUUAUCAAUCUUUAUUUGCGGUGGAGGUGGUAUUUCUUUGAAAACGCUCACUGAAUUUGUUGAUACCUUUAUUUCAACGGAAGUCUCGGAAGAAGAUUUUACACUCAUCAAAACAAAAUUAAUCCAAUCCUUGAAAGAUUAUAUAACUCUUGUUGUAACAACAGUAAGCGACCAUGAUGAUUUAUUUCGUAUGCCUAAGUUCAACUCCAUUUUAUUAUGGUGUUUGGGAACUAAUGAGGCAGUUCAAGAAUUCAAAUUAACCUGUGUUUUUGGUUUAUCUAGAAUCUGAAAACUUAUGUCAUAGAAUUCGUUACAUUUAAAAAACAAUUCAAGUUGGUGUACGUUAGGUGUUUGUUUUAUUGUUAUUUUCUGUCAAUUCUUUAUUCUUUAAUAAAGUAUAGGUACCUACCCAAUGUACUCGUAAUAUAAAUAGGUAAGCGUAUCCUGAGUGGAUUAGUAGAUAUUUGUUAUGAUUUAUGAUUAUUCUUGUUGGCUGUAUUUUUCAUUAAAAAUAGGAUUCUUAUCGUCAUAAUACGCUUGCGAAUAAAAUUACGCAAAUACUAGUAGUCCGGCAUAUGACAAUAGGAGUAAUUGCACCCCCCGCCGAUCCAACGGGACAACUUUUUUCUUAAAGGGGACAUCCUAAGGAACAUUUUAAAGCAAACUUGCCCAAAAAAAAGUUGGCCUUACUUACAAAAUGGCCGCCAUUUUGAUUGACAGGUCAGCCGAAAUCGUAGAUUUUGCGUUUCAACAUAGGACUUGCAUGAAAAUUUUCAAACUUUACAAAGGUAGAUCGAAAGAUCAUUCAACAAUUUAUCACCUGUCAAAAUUUCAAGUGCUAAAGUACGUUUUUUGAUUUUUGGCGAAUUUUUGAAAAUCGAAUUUAGGCCAAAAAUGAGGGAAAAAAUCAAAAUUUUACCAAAUUGACCAAGAAAGCUGAAAUUUGGGAUAUACCCUAUUUUCGACAUGACAAAUCGAUUGGAAACAGUUUCAACCCGUUUUGAACAGUUCUGGAGCCUCCAGCAGAUUUUUGAAAUUCGAAAUUCCCACAAAAUUCCAUAAAAUUUAAGUUGUUACUUGUUAAGCUGAAAUUUAUUCUAAAAACUAAUUUCAAUACGCUACGAAGUACUGCAGGUGAAUUUCAAGUCGUUUUGGAGCCUCCAGCAACUUUUCGAGAAUUUGUAAAGCCUCCAGCAUGUUUUUGAAAUUUUAAAUUUUCAAAAAAUUUCAUCAAAUGGAGAUGGAAAGCUGAAAUUUACCCUACACUCCAAUUUUAACACCCUCCGAAGACGACUUCAGGUAGGUUCAAGUCAUUUUAGAGCCUCCAGCGACUUUUUUGAAAAUUACUGGAGCCUCCAGCAGAUUUUUGAAACUUUAAAUUUCCCCAAAAUUUCAUCAAAUGGAGAUGGAAAGCUGAAAUUUACUCUACACUCCAAUUUUAACACCCUCUGAAGACGAAUUCAGGUGGGUUCAAGUCAUUUUAGAGCCUCCAGCGACUUUUUGAAAUUUACUGGAGUCUUUAGUAGAUGUUUGAAACUUGAAAUUUCCCCAACGUUAAUUUAUCAAAAUGGAGUUGGCAAGCUGAAAUUUACUUCGCAGACUACAUGGUGGUUUCAAAUGGGUUUGAAGCUUCCAGCUACUUUUAGAAAAUUUCAAUUUUCCAAAAAAACGUCAUACAAACCUUUCAAAAAGUCGCUGGAGGCUCCAAAAUGACUUGAAAUCUAUCAGCAGUCAACUUCGUAGCGUAUUGAAACUAGUUUGCAGAAUGCAUUUCGACUCUCCAUCUCAGUUUGAUGAAAUUUUGGGGAAAUUUAAAGUUUCAAAAAUCUUUUGGACGCUCCAGUUAUUUUCAAAAAAGUCGCUGGAGGCUCUAAAAUGACUUGAACCCUCCUGAAGUCGUCUUCAGAGAGUGUUAAAACUGGAGCGUAGAGUAAAUUUCAGCUUUCCAUCUCCAUUUGAUGAAAUUUUGUGUGAAAAUUUAAAGUUGCAAACAUCUGCUGGAGGCUUCAGGAAUUUUCAAAAAGUUUCUGGAGGCUCCAAAACGACUUGAAAUUCACCUGCAGUACUUCGUAACGUAUUGAAAUUAGUUUUUAGAAUAAAUUUCAGCUUUACAACUUCAAUUUGAUAAAAUUUUGUGGGAAUUUCGAGUUCUAAAAAUCUGCUGGAGGCUCCAGAACUGCUCAAAACGGGUUGAAACCGUUUCCAAUCGAUUUGGCAUGUCGAAAAUAGGGUAUAUCCCAAAUUUCAGAUUUCAUGGUCAAUUUGGUAAAAUUUUGAUUUUUUCCCUUCAUUUUUGGCCUAAAUUCGGUUUUUAAAAAUUCGCCAAAAAUCGAAAAACGCACUUUAGCACUUGAAAUUUUGACAGGUGAUAAAUUUUUGCAUGAUCAUUCGAUCUACCUUUGUAAAGUUUGAAAAAUUUCGUGCAAGUCCUAUUUUGAAAGGCAAAAUCUACAAUUUCGGCUGACCUGUCAAUCAAAAUGGCCGCCAUUUUGUAAGUAAGGCCAACUUUUUUUUGGGCAAGUUUGCUUUAAAAUGUUCCUUAGGAUGUCCCCUUUAAGAAAAAAGUUGUCCCGGAGGAUCGGCCGGAGGAUCGGCCGGAGGGGAGGGGGGGGGGUGCAAUUACUCCUAUUGUCAUAUGCCGGACGAUAGUAUUUAUGAAAAUAGUGAAAAAAAUUGCUCAUGCUAUCGCAUAUUUUGAAAAAACUCUGAAAUUAUGAUACUUGGCUUAAAUGUUGAAUUGCAAACAUUUCGAAUUUAAAUCAACCCAAAUUUUUGAAAAAAUUUUCAAAAAAAUGCUACAAUUAUUUCUGGAAUAUUGUAGAGAUGAAUUUUGCUCGAUUUUUAAUUUAAUUUUAUCAUCUAUGAUUUUUAAUUCGAUUUUCGCACCUUUUCAAGAAAUUGUUUGUAUUUUGGAGAACAAUACCUUAUGUAUUUUUUAAAUAUUUUUUACAGUACUUUUUUAUUUUAUUUUAAUUAUUAUUAUUAUUACAAUUAUUGUAAAAGGUUUGUAGCAAUAAGUAUUCAAAUAUUUUUCGUCCGAGUUUUUAUAUGUUCAUUUCGGGUAUUUCUAUCUAAUAGUUUUAAGAGAUUCGAACGUUCAUUCAUGACAAUAUCAGCUGUUUUCAAUAAUUUUCACGAUAUUUUUUUGGUGUGUAUUACUUUGAGCUAUGGUGAGUGAUUUCCGUCGAAUUUGCACAUUUUUUUCUCGCUGAUUUUAGUAAUGAAAGAUAAUUUAUUAUGUAAUGUAACCUAAUGCUUUGUGAAUUUUUUAUUAUACUAUGAUAAUUUCUUAUCGUUUUUCCAUACUAAUCUACGAAUUUCAAUGACAUGUCAACGAUUUUUGUAUCAAUUAUACCUUUUUUUUGAAG